AUGGACUCCCACGACGCGUUUUUUCCAGCCCUUGUGGCCGAGCUGGGCGCGGGCAAGCAGCAGGAGGACGAUUCAUUUGCCUCCCUGCUGGUGCAGGUGCUGGGGGUGAAGGAGAGUGCUGAUCUGAAGGAAGGGUUUGGGUUCUUCGUGCAGCAUGUGCUGUCAGGCGGGCUGGAGAAGGCGCAUGCUGAGGAGAAGGAAGGGGGCGAGCAGGAGGGCAGGAUGCAAGAGGCCGGCCCUGAAGAUCCGUGGGAGACGGGGAUCCGACUGAUGGCUGAAGCCAUGACGAGAGCGGUGGAGGGCAGAAGCGGCAUGGGGGACGAAGUUGUGGCUGGAAUGGGCUCGUGGCGAGACGGGGGCAGCAGAAGGGGCAUGGGGGGAGAAACAGGCAGCGGAAGGCGCAUGGGGGGAGGCAGGGGCAGCAGACGGGGCAUGGGGGGUGAAGAGGGCUGCGGAACGGGCAUGGGGCAAGAUGGGGGCAGUGGAAGGGGCAUGGAGGAGGAAUUAUACGGGAUGAUGGGCAGUGCGUGGGGAGGGGUGAGACGCGAAGAGCUUCCCGUUGGAGUGGAGGAGUGGCCUCGGGGCGAUGAAGCUGCUGCGAAGCUUCCUAAGGACCUGAGUGCGAGAUGCUUUCGACUGGGGGUAGUGAAGGAGAGCGGGUCGAGAGAGGAGGGUGGGGGAAAGGCAUCUAAGGAGGCAGGGAAUACAGUAGGGAGACCCGGAAGGACAAGGCGGGCCAUGCGCGGGCGAGGAGGCGGGGGGGUUAGCAGGAACGCUAGCAGGGGUAGUGGAAGCGGGGUGGGCAGGGGCACAGCGCACGGAGACGACGCACCGAGCUUUGCAGAAGCUCUGGCAGCUUCCGUGGCUCCUCAAAACCAAAAGAUCCCCAUAGUUCGCUGCACUGCAGACGCCGAGUUUCUAGUGGAGUUUGCAGGUCACCUGGUAUCCCCACCAGCCUGCGCUCGCUGCAGCAAGUGCUUCAACACUUUCACCUGCUUUCUCCCCGCCCUCACGCUGAUUGCCACAUUCGCCUAUCAACCCGCCAGCGCCCUUUUUAACCGCUUUGUAUCGGUCUUUCCCCCGCACUCCCCGGAGUUCAACGAACUUUUGGCUGACCUGCAAAUGGAACCCUUGCCCACGGACGUGCCUGCCCUGCUGAACAGUUUCCGAUGGCCGAAAGCCGUGCUGCAGAUAGAGGAGUUGGAUGAGGCGGGGUGGGAUGAAGUGAGCGGAGAUGGGAGUGGAGAGGGGUGCAGAGAGGGGAGGAGGGCGACAGGGAAGGAAGGUGAAAAGAGAGGGAGGAGGGGAGGACGGAGGGGGGGUGGAUCUGGCAGGGAUGAGCGAGAUGGUGGAGGGGAAGUGGUGGGCGAGUGUGGGGAGGUGUGGGAAGAGGUGCGGUCGUGGUGCCUGGCAGCAAUGGUGGCUUGGAAGGCAAGCCUAAGGCUGGUGGGAGCUGGGUUGGGGGAGGCAUGUGAGGGCAGCAAGCACCUGGGUGAGGGGGAGACGAAAAGAGGUGCCAAGAUGUGGCAGAAGGCUGUUGAGACGCGGUACUGUGAGGAGCUGGACGAUGGGGGAGGGUCUGGCAGUGGUAGUAGGAGGGGGGGCAGUAGCAGGGGCAGCGGCAGGAGCAGUGGUGGCAGGAGCAGUGGUGGCAGGAGCAGCAGCGGCAGCAGGAGCGGGGGUGGUAGUUGGUGGGGGUGGGGUGGUGGCAAUAAGGGGAAGGGUAAGAAGGAGGAAGAGGCGGCUUACGUGAAGGCAUGGCCAGGGGGAGUCAAUCUGGUGGCAUGUCUGCGAGAGAUGCUGCUGGGGGAACCCUGCUACUGCCCUUCCUUUCCUGUUGCUUCUUCCCCUGCUGCUGGGAGCACAUGA